UUGUGAACUUUCGCUUAACUUAGACUGGUUAGGUGGUUGGUUAAUUCCAUUUGUCUUCGUUAUUUUGUAUUAUUUUCGCGAAGGGAUAAUUUUUUAAUCGUUUGUGAUUAUUAAAAAUUUACAAACAACUGGAAUCUUAAAAAUGAGUUUUCAAUUUGCCGUACUGACCCUUAUCUUAACAGCCUUCACAGUCUCUCUGUGUGCUGAACAAAAAAUUUCUAAGGGUGACGGAGGUGAAAUACGAAUUUUCAAACGUCUUAUUCCUGCCGAUGUUCUACGAGAUUUUCCGGCAAUGUGCUUUGCUUCAACUCGAUGUGCCACUGUUGAGCCCGGAAAGUCGUGGGACCUUACUCCAUUCUGUGGUCGAUCUACUUGUGUUCAAAAUGAGGAAAAUGAUGCAAAGCUAUUGGAACUCGUAGAAGACUGCGGGCCAUUGCCACUGGCGAAUGACAAAUGUAAAUUGGACACAGAAAAGACUAAUAAAACCGCAUCGUUUCCUUUUUGCUGCCCCAUCUUUACAUGUGACCCCGGUGUUAAAUUGGAAUACCCCGAGAUCGGAAGGGAUAAUGACAAAAAGAAUGUUGAGUGAUUGAAAACCAAUAUAUUAUGUAAACGUGUGUCAAUACAAUAAAAACAUUUGUUGCUUUAGUCAGAAAGAA